AUAGUGAAACAUUGAUUUGACAAAAACAGAUAACAUCGAUUUGGUCGCCCGACGUCCUGUGCUUCUUACUAGUGCAGUCUUCUUACGGAUUCCGAAGUUUAAUCAAAAAAAUCUUAAAAUGCUUGCUUCACGACCCAUUAUUUCCCGUUUAAUGCAACAGACUGUUCGCCGCUACCAUGCUGGACAUGACUUCAAGCCACCCAGUAUGGAUGAGCUGCCCGUACCUCAAGGAUCUUGGCAGGCACAAUAUGAUGCUAACCAGCGUCGCUACAACUCCAUCCUCCUCUUCGGAAUUGCUUUCAGUGUGGGAUCUGUGAUCCUUGCAAAAGCAUCAGGACUUCUUUACCUUAACUACGCUCCACCAAAAUCUUUGGAUUAAACAUUGUUAACUUGUUUGAAAUGUGAUUUAAUGGCUAGUUAAUUUAAAUAUAGUGUUUAAAAUAUUA